UAUAAGCCAUGAUAUUACGAACCGUUGCAAUAUCCCUCCUAUCAUGGGCCGCGCUCUCUUGUUGCGCAGCAGCACACGGAGGUCAUGAUCAAGCUCCUCUUCCCCCAGGUACGGAUUGGGCAACACGGCAUAUGUCUGAGGAGCAUCACAUGAACGGCUUCGACGCCGCCGUCUUCUUCCACCUUCACGACUACGACAACACCGGCUCCUGGUCCCCGGACGAUAUCCGCCGCACCUACGGCCUCUUUGACCAAUCGACCCGCAACAUCCCCGAGACACGCAAGGCGCAGAUCGCACAGAAAGUCCUCGAGCUGUACGAUUUCAACCACGACGGCCUGAUCUCCAAAGCGGAGUACCUCGCCGCCACGGGCAACGGCGUGACGCUGCCGGACUUUGGGACAGGGCCAGGCCAUCACGGUGACUCGGAGUACGAGUACGAGAUCCACCAUUUCGAGAAAUAUCACGGCGACGACGCGAAGGAGGAGGAUUUGGUUCAUCCGGAGGAUAUCGAACAUUUCAAGGAGCAUGAUAAGCUGGAUGCGGAGAACGCGGCGUGGGAGAAGCGGGAGCGGUUGGGGAUCAUGGAGGAGAAUAUCCCCCAGAAGUUCCGACGGAGGUCAUGAUUGAUGAAGGCAUGUUCUUGGUUUUUGUUCUAGAAAUGAUAUGGACAUACCGGCUACCGUAAUCACGAGGCAUUCAAUUUGUUGUGGGAUAGCUCCGUAAUACUCAUUCCCAACUUAGCUAUCCCGACAUUGGGAAACUCAACCUAAGCGGUCUUCGGCGGUCGAAUCGUAUCCUGAUCCAACCCUUCCUCUCCUGGCGGCACAUCAACCUCCGCUCCCUUCC